AUGGAGUUAACUUCCUUCUUUCUCCCUGAUCUCUUACUUUUCAUAACACCCCUCUGGAUCGCUGUCCUUGUCGGAGUUUUAGUCGGUUGGGUUUGGAGACCAACUUGGGCUAGAGAUGAUAAACUCUUCACUCUCUUCAACAACAACAACAACAACAACCUUAAACUCCCUGCUACUACCGAACCUAGUCAAGUAUACAAAGAGAAAUCUGGUUUUGUAACCAAUGAUGAUUUUAGACAUCUAUGGAACUUGGUUGAGGUCAAAGACGGUGGUCCCACCUGGAUUCAAAUGAUGGACAGGAACACUCCAACUUUCUCUUACCAAGCGUGGAGAAGAGAUCCUCAAGAUGGCCCACCACAGUACCGUAGCAGAACUGUGUUUGAAGAUGCGACUCCUGAGAUGGUUAGAGACUUUUUCUGGGAUGAUGACUUCCGUUCUAAAUGGGAUGAUAUGCUUUUGUUUUCUUCUGUGGUUGAGUCUUGUAAGGAGACUGGUACUAUGGUUGUUCAAUGGGUCCGCAAGUUCCCGUUCUUUUGUAGUGACAGAGAGUAUAUCAUAGGGAGGAGAAUAUGGGAUGCUGGCCGAGUCUUUUACUGUGUUACUAAGGGAGUUCAAUAUCCGUCUGUACCACGACAAAGCAAGCCACGGCGUGUUGAUUUAUACUAUUCAAGCUGGUGCAUCCGUGCAGUUGAAUCGAAAAGAGGGAAUGGUGAGAUGACAUCAUGUGAGGUUUUACUAUUCCACCACGAAGACAUGGGGAUACCUUGGGAGAUAGCAAAACUCGGGGUGAGACAAGGGAUGUGGGGUGCAGUGAAGAAGAUAGAGCCAGGUUUACGUGCAUAUCAGAGUGCUAAAGCAGAAGGAACAGCAGGUUUGUCACAAAGUGCAUCGCUGGCUCAAAUCAACACUAAAGUGAGUGUUGAGGAGUUUAUGAACGAGAGGGAUUCGACAGGAGAGGUUGGUGGAGAUGAGAAGGCGUCUUCAGGGAAAAACAUACCGAAGAUAUUAGUGGUGGGAGGAGCGAUUGCGCUUGCGUGUACGUUGGACAAAGGGCUGUUGACGAAGGCGGUGAUAUUUGGAGUGGCGAGGAGGUUUGCAAGAAUGGGGAAGAGGAUGUAGGAGGAGGAAGGAUGUGUAUAUUUGUGAAAGGAGGGAGGUGGUGGAAGAUGUGGAGAGGGUUUACUCUCCUUUUGGAAUUCCAAAUAGAGAGAAAAGAAAGGUUGGUUUAUUUGUCUUGGUGAAUGUAUGUAUCAAUCAUGUGAGAGAAAAGAGAAAAAGAAAGAGAGUUAAAUUCUUUGUGUUGGACUUUUGGUAAACAUAUCAAAUGUUUUAUUUGUCUAAAUUUGUGAUGAAGUGAAUAGUCAUUGGGAUUUGAAAACAAAACACAGAGAGGAAAAUGAAUCAAUGUAAAAUGGCACUAGUAGAUAGAUUGUAAAAGAGUAGCUUUUUCCUUUGCUUACAAUUAGUCUGAAGUCUC